AGUUCUAGUGGAAAGUAUGUGGCCAGAAUCAGAGCGAAGCAGCGAAGCGACUAUCUAGAGCCCCCGGAGGUUUUUGUGCGUGUGUGUGGUGGUUUAACUUCACAGACUGACUGACUGACUGGGGUUGUUGGUUGCUGGCUCGACUUUUGCCUUGCAGUUUUUCCCUUCCAAAGGUAUCGGUUUCGGUAGUGCAAAACGACGGGAAAAACCUACGGUGGCCAGCCAGCUUCUCGAGGAAUGAUUCCAUGGAACCAGUUGUGAGUGGAACAAGUCGCGAAAAUUUGUGCCCACAAUAGCAGAGCAGAUUGCGUGUAGGGCUGAUUGAGCAAAAGAAGCAGGAAGAAGAGGAAAAAAACGUCAGAAGGAGUUUUCACGAUCGGCGCUCCCUUUUUUCCUGGCUUGCGAAAAAUUACACAAAAGCCAUCCGAAGCGGAAAUUGGCGAAUAGUUGUUGAGUAGUGCGACAUACAAUCGAUGAUUUUUUUUAAUCCGUUUGCCUCUUGAUAAGGCUUUGUGUUUGCGGUCGAGUGCAGUGAUUAAAAAUUUGUGCUGAAGCUUUUUCCUCCUGACUUCCGGCCAGAUUCGGAUUCUGUGUGGAUAUUGGAACGCCAUUGGAUUGCUUCGGAUGUAACAUAGUUUCCGGUCCUGGUGUCUACAGUUGUGAGUCGUAAAUCUACCCACCCCUGCUUCGGGAUCCAUUGUUUCUAACUACUAGAGGCGUUCCUAUUUGAACCCUUCUUCUCACCUUAAACUGAUGCAGGAUUUCGUCGUGCGGUUCUUAUGAUCGUGUAUCUACUUUGGCGACGGCUAGCAUCGCACUUUCUACCAUGAUCCACCAGAAAUGGAGCAACGACUUUUGCACCGGCGAUCAUCAACGACGACAGUGUCCUCGCGAGUGUCAUCACUAGUCACUCGUCAGGUUCCGGUGAUCAGCUCUUGACAGUGGUUGAUCGAUGAACCGAUCGUCGUGAUCCUCGAGGUGGACUCUUGAAACUCCUAGAAGGGUUGAAAUCCGGAAACAGUGAGUGCUCAGUGUGAUCGAAACACCGUGGCUGGAGCAAUCGACGGGCGUUGGUUAAUUUCCAGCUCUCCCUCUAACGUUAAACCCAAAUUCUUCUGCUUCCGCUUUCCACAGCAACAAAUUUUGAUACUAAACUAUCUACUGACUACACCCAUCCUCUCUAUUGACGAAGAAAAAAAAAGGAAAAAAAGUUAAACCACUACUCUUCCAUUAGUGUGUAGUUUCAAGCCGCUGCCUGAUGUGAAUAGUUCUUUCUGCUAGGAAAUAUAAAAUGAAUCAUAAACAGUGCGUGUUCCAUAUCCCCAAUUGUUGAGAAUUGUUUCCAGUAAAUCCAAAUUGAUUAGAAUUUCAAGUGUAUUUUCUAGCGUAACCGUAAAAAAAGAAGAAAUAACAACAACCAAAUAGUUUCAAUUGAAUCCGAUUUUAAAGUGCCAACACCAACACCUUGGUAGAAGAAGAAAAACAAACAAAGAAGUGAAGAAGAAUACCUAAAUCAAGUAGCAAAACAAAAAAAAAACCCGUUCAGGAGGUUCGGUUGCAUUCGUGUUUUGAUUAUUUAUUUCUACACACUUUCUCUAGUGAAACAUAAUAAUCUUACUCUCCUACUUAGCCAACCAAUAACAUAUGCAUAAACAACCACAGCAAAGUAGCUAUCGAAUACUAACCCAAAGCCGAGAGAAUUGAAAAAACAAAAACAUCUGAAACAGUGAUUUUCGGCAGUAAUGUGAAAGUCAAUCAAUGGAAAUAAACCUCAGUAAAGUUUCUAAACGUGUGUAGUGUUUUAAUCUCGCGCUAGCAAAAAUUAAUCGGUGAAGGGAAGAAGAUAAACGAAAACGGAAAGGUUUUUCUUAAGAAGAGUACUAGUUGUGAAAUAAAUUUGUUGAAAAUUCGUGUUCGAAAAAAAAUCAAACAGAGAAGGGAAUCCGUUCAAAUAAGAUCGAGAACACCGGAAAAAAGGAUACCAACUAACAAAGUUUCGGAGAAGACCGGAGCAGACCGGAUCAGGAUUACGCAAACGAUCAAACCUUUCAAGGAUGAAGGAUGCUGUGCUUCCACUUGUUGUGGGAUUACCCGGUGUAAACAUUUUCUAGGCGCAGUUGUGUCAACGAUUUGAAAGCGGACGAUAUGGGCACAGCAUGGCCUCAGAAGUAUUAUUCAUCGAGAGGACAUGCCAGCGCCAAACUAACACCGAACAAGAUUUUCUCGCAUCUGGCAACUACUGCAGGCUACCCGAGCUAUCAUCGAGCGCCAUUGAUCAUCAGCAAUCGGAACGAGUCAGCGACGACGAAAGCCAAACAAUUCACUGCCUUCGGAGGAAAGUCCGGAAUCACCAGAAGCAGCAGCAACAGCAGGGACAGUCCAAAGAACAAUCACAAUGGGCGCAGCAAGGGAGCAGCCCAGCUCGAUGCCGAACCGUUUCAACCAAAUGUGCCAAAGUGUUACCUUGCCGAUGGAUCUGGUCCGGUAGCGGCUUCCGAAUUCGAGGACGACGACGACGACUCCUACGAAGACAGCUGUCAAUCGUGGCGUCGGUUCUUUCUAGAGGCAAUCUUUUCGGCGCAACUCGGCGACGACUAUGGCGAAGGUCACUUCCGGGAGAAACUUCUUCCACUGAGAGCACUGCUUACGUUAGAGAUCGACGACGCCAACGAUUCCUCGCUUCUGCGUCCCUGGCAGAUCGGCGACGACAGAGACGGCCGGGCAAGCAUAAAAGCGGCACAAUCCGCUACUGCAAACACGAAGACAAACACAAGAACAACCAUGAAUGCUUCCAAUCAACAAGUAAUACUAAACCGAUUUGUACGUUUAACGAUAACACUUUUGAUAACACGAACCCUAAUGUUAAGGCCACUUGUGCAACAACUACUCGCCACUGUGAUGAUGGUCCCUGGUCUGGUGGUCGACGACUGUCCUCAAUUGAUGGCCACUUCCAGCCGAGGUGGACAACGAAGCGCCGCCGUCAACAAACAACAACAAAACACAACACAGAAACAAAAAGCUGCCAUACCAAUCAGAAGACUAUGGAACGAAAACCUAGCGGGAAGGAGUCGAAGCAGGAAAGCCAAGACGAAAACCGCCCCCAGUAUCGGAAGAAGGUGCUAUCGACGACGACGACAGCUGGAUCUGGUCCGAUCCGGUUGGUCCGUUUGCUGGUCCUCGCUGCAGGCCAGUUCAUCUUUGGCGGUAGUGAACUAUUCGCCAGCAGCGUCGCCACAUGUGCCAAGUCGUCGACAAUGCUCCUCGCCAACUUUGUUGAAACCUUUGGAAGACUACAACAACAGCAUAGCAACAGUAGCAACAGUAAUGGAAGCCGUCAGCAACAGAACGGAAGCAGACACAGCAACAGUAGCAGUAGCAGUAACAGUAGUAACAUUAGAACUAGCGACAGCUGCAGCCGUAGUGGAAUCACUAGCAAAGAUGAUUCUUGCCGCAGCAUCGAUUCAGGUGGCAGCUGCUGCAGUAGAGAUGAAAACAGCAGCAGUAACAACAAUGUCGAUAGCAGACGUCGAAGGCGAAGGAAAUCGCGACAGAACAGCGAAGGCGAGGGUGAUAACUGUUGGUCAAUCGCAACCGGCUCAAAUGUUGGUUUCGGCAGCGCGGGAGGAGGAGUGCAGCGGAUGGUGCGGCUGUUCCUGCCAGCGCUACUCAUUGUUAACAUGUUCACGUUUCUCCAUGGAGCGUCCGCCGCUUCCGGUGGUCCUAGCGUAGACACAACGGACGUCGGCGGGGUCGUCGCCAGCGCGUACACGGACUCGCGCUCGCGCAUCUCGAUCGUGCAGUAUCUGGAACCCCUGUCCCGACCUACCAAGGCGCCAAAGUGUGACCAAACGUUCGUUUCGAGGGCUGGCGGUCCUUCCAAUGGGACAUUCAACGCACCGCUGCUCUCCAACCAGGUCAACCAUUCGAGGCAGUGUUUGUACAUCUUCCUAGCAGGUCCUGGCCAGCGAAGUGGACGUCA